ACACUAUGAGAACUUCUUCCCUCUUUAGGUAACCCAAUAGGAAUGUCUGGGAGCUCAACCUUGGAAGAGGGAGUCAACUUUUAUACUUAAAACUAGGCCUCUCAUUAUUUCAGAAUAAAACAUUUAUUAAAGUGAAAAAACAAACCAGGCUUCUCUGUAGCACAUUUGCCUUUUGUACUUGAACUUCAUCUGGGCUUUGAGCGACUGGUUCCAAGUUCAGUAGUGCUUACUUUCCAGGUGGCUGCUAAAAAUGGGUGGUGGAAGAGGGUACUUGUGGAGGGCAGCUCCUACUGAGGGGCCAGCCCUUUCUCUGGCACUUAUAGGGCUGCUGUUGGAUGACACCGUUUCCUGGGCAUUCUUUGUCCACCAAUGCACGUGUUUUCACUGUUGGGCUCUGUGAUGGAUUGAGGGUUUGUUUACAAUCUCAAGGCAGAGCUGUUUGUCAUGCAGACGUAGAAGUAGUUGUGCCUGUUUCUGUCCUGGCUAUUUCUGAAUCUAAAGGUUUCAGGAGUGGACUUUCUGGGUUUCGGGUCCAGUCCACACGGGAAAUGGAAAUCCGGCCAGCUGGGAGAAUUCUCUGGCUCCUUGGAGCAGUAAACAGUGACUCACCCUCUCUGCUCCCCACCCUCCCUGUUCUCUGCGAAUGGAAGAUGAGUUGCUCCAGUAUUUACUUUUGCUUUUUAUAAGUCACAGACUCGUCAUGUUUCCGCUUUCUUACAGUUUCAGGAAAUUGAAAGUGUCAUCUUAAAAUUGUAGAAUUUUAGAGCAGGUAGACAUGAACCUGAGUGAUCACACAGUCCACCCUGAACACCCGUUUUAGGUGGGGAAACUGAGACACUGAGGGUUUGCUCACCUGGCUUAAGGUCACAGUCUGGUCCAGAGCCUGCCAGCUUUUCAGCGCUGCCUGUCUAGGGAGGUGUUAGGGUGGAAGUGGUUCAACCUUCUUGCUCCCUGCCUGGCAGCCUUGGCCCCAGUGCUGGGCUGGCUCAUUUGUUCAGUGGCAGGAGCCUGUGUAGGGUGUUGGGGGGACAGGUUCCUUGCCUGCCAGGAGCUGAAACUUGCAGUGAGAAGCCCUCUGUCCAUGGAAGGACCUAGAACCAGGUCUUGGUAGAGGGUGCUUGCCUACCAUAAGGAGGGUGGCAGGGAGAACUUUCUGGAAGAACCAGGGCUGGAGGACAGGCCCACAAGUAGAAGACUGAAAUGGCAACAAGGGCCUGGGGAGGGACCCUGAGACCUCCAUCUGCCUAUGGGGCCAAGAUUGAGGUACCAAGACCAGAGUGAGGGUGUCUGGUUUGGCCAAAGUGGUGGUCUAGAGAGAUGAGGGGUUGCGGUGAUUCUUUGGGAAUGGUGGAGAGGUGGGAGAGAUUGUGAAUCAUCUGAGCUCCAGACUCAGGGAGUAGAUGAAGGGAAUGUCUAGGCCACUGGGCUUUUCCAGUGGCCAUUCUUGGCUGUACAUGGAGGCUGGGAGCUGGUUGAAGCCACAGGACAGGUGGGGUAGAACAGAGCCCUGACAGGAAACUGCAGGUAGAGGGGCCACUCAAUGAGCUGGGGGUUGGGGGGGAGAGGGCUAGAGUUGGGGGAGCCAGGGCACGGCACUAGGGGCUGAGGGGUGUGGUUUGCAACUUGCUGUGAGCCACAGCAACUGCCUGAGUCACCUCUGGAUGUAGCCAAGAUGACACAGCUUCUUCAGACUGCAAAUGCAAGGUGACCAGACGUCCUCUAAGCGGGCCAGACAGAAGGUGGCCAGCCAGGGCCAGGAUGCAGGCUGGUGUGGUCUGACUGGGGGGUGCUGAGCAGGGUGCUACAGGAUGCAUCCUGCAUGCUGAGAGGGCCAUGUCCAGAGGAGGGAGGGGUAAUGGGGGACUCUUCCUGAUCACAAGAGUUUGAGAGUGCCCUUGGGGUACCAGUGCUCCCCGGGCCCCACCUACCCUCAGGCCCCAUGGGAGGGGCAUCUUCUUUGGGUCCCUUGUCAACAGGUUCCUGGCAGAGGCAGCAGUAUCCUCUGUGUUUUCUGGUUUUGUGGAUUUGCAUCCAUCACAGGAGUCACUGCAAAGAGAGCAGCUGCUGCUUCACUGCCUGGAUUUUUGAACCUGUUCCUCUUGGGCAGAACUUCUGUCUUCCGUUCCGUCUUCCUCCAUUUCCCCGUAUCUGACGUCACUGGUGGGGAACAGAAGUGGGAAGGGAUGCUCUCAGGAAGGCUGGAGGGAGUAGGGGGUAGCAUUGCAGCCCCUACUCACCCUGUGCAGAACAUGAGCCAGCUUCUGGAAAUGAGAUGCCGGGGUCUGGAUCAAUCACUCGCCUAGAGGAGAAUUAGAGCCCUUUGAAACUGUGUGAAAUCUCCUUUUCUCCUGCAUAAUCUGACCCUAGGAAUGUCCCUGGUCUCCCCUACACUGUGGUUGCAUGAGAGACUCCAUCUGAGGCUGCUGGUAUGUUGCCUGUUGUUUCUGAGGAAAUGGGUUUUCCUGCCGAGCCUUGUUUGGAGGCACAUCCCAUUGAUAUUUCUGGCUUUGGGUUGAAAACCUUACCAUUUCAAUGAGAAAAAUAGUCCACUAAUGGCUAUUCCAGGUUACAGAUGUGAGUGAAACUGCUCUGAGCAGCAUGUGUUCAGGGAUACUGGACAUGAUGCUAUUGCUUCCUACAGAGAGGUGAGCGCAUGUAGAGGAGAUUCAGACACGCCCUUCCAGGGUCCCAGCCACUAACCUUCUCUGGUGACUUCACUGAAAUUCAGAGGUGCUCAGGAGGGCAUCAGUUCCCAUGCAAGCAUUGCUGAGGUUUGUUCGUCAGUGUAUGUGAGGCAGCUGGAGAGGGUUCUGUGGAGCUGAGCAGUUGUCAGGCAGCCUGUGCUCCUGCCCACUGUGCCCUGUUAGGGCUGCUGUCUCGAACUUGUGUCUCAGAGACAAGCUGUUCAUGUGCUCUGGUGGCUUUGUGGCUGCCUGAGGUUUAAGAAUUUACAAAACCCCUCUUUUUUUUUUUUUUUUUGUAGAGACAGAGUCUGACUUUAUUGCCCUUGGUAGAGUGCUGUGGCGUCACAGUUCACAGCAACCUCCAACUCCUGGGCUUAGACGAUCCUCUUGCCUCAGCCUCCUGAGUAGUUGGGACUAUAGGCGCCUGCUACAACACCCGGCUAUUUUUUUGUUGCAGUUCAGCCGGAGCCAGGUUUGAAACCGCCACUCUCGGUAUAUGGGACCAGCGCCCUACUCACUGAGCCACAGGCGCUGCCCUACAAAACCCCUCUAAAAGCAGUUGUUUUUAUGAGUUGCUUUAGAAACUUUUUCACACAUGCAAAACUUUUCUCUGAAUCUUUUUCUAAAAGCAAGCUAUUAUUUUUCUUGCCUUUGAUAUUUGAAGUGACUAUAGGUCAGUACUAUGUGUUUUGGGUAGAGGUAAGUACCAGCAUUGACCUCUCCAUGUACUUAGUUUAUAGAAGAAGCAUCACUGUGCCUGGCUUGCUCUCUGUACCUGGUACCGAACUGAAGUACAGGACCCCAGCCUGGGGCCAUCUGGGCUCCAAAUUGGCUGGAGCCAUUCUGCCUCACCUUCUAAGGCUCUGGAUCUCUGCAAGUGGUAGUGCGGGGUUCCUGGUAGAAGCAGAGACCUGGUAUGCCUAAGGAAAGGGGGUAUCGGUGAACACAGUGCCUGGUGCUCCUGCCUAGGACGUCUGCCUUCCCCAGGUCUCAAGAGCCUAUAGGUGUCUGUUUCCUCAGAAGGGCCCUGGUGCAGGUGCACCCCAAGGCCUGCGUGGGUGUGGGUAUGGUUCCCACAGGUGCCUACGUGACUUUAAGUUCAUGGAGGUGGCCAAAUGACCCUCAUGGGGCCACCUGGGAGGUCUGAGCUCCUGUACUGGCCUCCUGGUUACCUCAGUGUCCCACCUCCUUAAUGGAAAGAUCCCUGCACUGAACUUUGCUCCUUAGUGUCCAGCCAAGCUCAGCAUGUCACCCAUGGGUCUGGCCAGAGGGCGCCUUUGCUGGACCUCCUUUUUCCGUGGACCUCCUUUUUCCGCUUGGCUUUGCUAAGGCCUGUGGGCCCCAGGGAGCAGGUCCUUGUAGAGGUGGGAGGGGCCUUCUGUGUGUGGGAAUGUGAGCUGCCUGCUCUGUAAACAGCUGGUGACUCACCGCAUAGCUAUGUCACUGGCCGCUAGGCCCUUUGCACUGACGUGCUCUGAGUGUGAGCUGGGAAACAGCCCAGGCUCCUCCUUCCUCUGAUAUGGAGAUGUUCUCAUGGUGCUCCCAGGCCUGACUCCCUCAUUGUUGGCUUAACCCCAGUGUGGGCUGGGACCGCUGUGCCCGUCGGGGUUAUGUUGCUGUCCACAGCUCUCCCCUCCCAGUUAGGGUCACCCCAGACCACUACCUGUGCCUCUCAGGUCUGUGGCGUGCUCAAUCUCUCCUGGUCUAGGAGCUGGCAGUUCACCAGCGGCCUUCUGGGCCGGUUGUGCUCAGCCAUCCUGAGUGCCAUGAGAGUGGCUGAGACCUUGUCUUGGUUUGCAGCCCUUUGGUUGUCAGACAUGGGAACAGGGCCCUGGGGCCUCCAGCAGAGGCAGGGCCAGAGGGUGGAGGGAUCUAAGCCCAGGUCCCCAGUGCAGCCCUGGGUCCUGGGUGUACCAGUGGGGUCAUCCACCCAUAGUGCUCAUGCUGGGUGGAGGUGCUUUACCAGCAUCUGCCCUCCAGACCUGAGGACCUCUUUCCUCCACAUGUUUCUCUGAUGUCCCCUCAUCUUGCACUUGGGGAGUGGGUAGGAGGGGAGUGUAAAACUCCAUACCAUAGCCAUCAUGUGUCCUUCCCUGUGGGUGGGGGUGCAUGGAGGUUUGUUUACUGCCUGUUGCCUCAUGAUGUCUGUGCAUAGUCCUGACCUGAAGUCCUCAUUGCUUUUGGGCUUCUCUGUUUCCAUGACAACCAUGGGGGGGGGCUGGCCAUGUCCCAAGGUUGCCAUGGCAACUAUCGGAGGGGAAUCAUGCCUGGGAUGGCUUGGCUGGGUUUUUCAUGAAUGAUUAGAAUGUGUGACACAAUGCAGACGCGACUGGGAAGGGCAGACGCGGGAGCGGGGGCGGUGCGAGGACAGCUCCCGCCAGACGGCCCAUUAGCUGGUGAGACAGUGGUGGCGGCUGCUCCCUACCUCCCCAUCUCUGACUACAGUCUCUGGACCUGCUGCCCUUCAGGAGCCCCCACCCACCUCUUGAACCACAGGGUUCUGGUGCGGGGAGCUGCUUUGGUGGAGGUGAUGUCACAGCUGUGGCGCCCUUGGCCACAGUAGGUGUCCCUCGGAGCUGCAGUGAGGGCGAGGUCGGGGGUGGCAAGUACCCUGUGUUGGCCCAUCUUUGGGGGUAAGGCUCUGUAGAGGACCCCCUCUUGGGAACCAGGCUGGUCUGGAGGUGUGGGCACUCCGUGAGGGUCCAGUGGACCCUCAAGUGCUGGGCACAGCUAGCUGGGAUGCUUUGCUGCUGGCUGCUUUGGUCUCCAGGACAGAGCACCUUGUGCCUCUCAUCAGAGUUCAGGAGGGGAGUCAGGAGAGGAAGGAGCAAUUGCGUCUGGUGUUCACCCCAGGGCACUGGCAACUCCGGCACGGGAGGGCAGCAAGGGACAGCGUGCAGAUGCCAGGCACUUGACCAGGAAGAGCUGACCAUGGGCCAAUGCUAAGUGUGGGGUGCAGCUGGGAGCCCCUCACAAGGCUGGGUUACACUUUCCAAGCAGUUCUGUCCUGGUGACUGUGCCCAGGUUAUGACGACUAAUCCCAAACCGAACAAGGCAUUAAAGGUUAAGAAGGAGGCGGGUGAGAACGCCCCGGUGCUCAGCGAUGAUGAGCUGGUGUCCAUGUCGGUGCGGGAGCUGAACCAGCACCUGCGGGGCCUCACCAAGGAGGAGGUGACCCGACUGAAGCAGCGCCGGCGUACCCUCAAGAACCGUGGCUACGCAGCUAGCUGCCGCAUCAAACGGGUGACACAGAAGGAGGAGCUGGAGCGGCAGCGUGUGGAGCUGCAGCAGGAGGUGGAGAAGCUGGCACGUGAGAAUAGCAGCAUGCGGCUGGAGCUGGACGCGCUGCGCUCCAAGUACGAGGCCCUGCAGACCUUUGCCCGCACCGUGGCCCGCGGGCCCGUUGCACCCACUAAGGUGGCCACCACCAGCGUCAUCACCAUUGUCAAAUCUGCAGAGCUCUCCUCCUCCGUGCCCUUCUCUGCUGCAUCCUAGUGCCUGCUGGGGCCACGUGGGGGGCUGUAGGCAGGGGGCCUCCCGCGUGCCUGUCAAAGGGUCUCUGGGACCCAGACUCUAAACAUCCAAUUUAAAGUGCACCCUGCCUCCCAGGCCUCGGCAGCAGGCAUCAGGACGAGAUUGUAGGUGCAGGAUGGGACCAGGUUCUGGGGCACCAUGCCACAUGCCAUCCACACACAAUGUGCGCACACACACUCACACAUCCUGCCCUUUCUCCCCAGCAUGUGUAUCUGGUUUUGGGAAUUGGUAUCUCACACCUGUGGGAGUCAGGAUGUAGAGCAGGAAGAUCCCAGGGAGGUCUUGCUGUCCAUUUCUGGGGGUACCACAAGCAACAGCUGCCCCUGCAGCCUGGGGAGUGGGGGUGGGGGCUUGUCUUCCACCUCUUCAGGGGCAGAUGCCAGCCACUGCAAGUGGCCCUGGCUGCCCUGACAGAGCUCUGGAUGACCUGUGUAGGGAGGUGGAUGGAAGGCCAUUGACAGCUUGGUCUUCCUGCUUCAGCCCUGAGCACGCAGCCUGUGCCAUGUGGCCACAGAUGGAGGGAAGGCUGCCUAUGUGGGCUGGUGUGUGUGUGCAGGUCUGCCUGACUUCACAGCACUGUGUGCCAGAUGCUCACUGGCCUUGGAGGAGCAGCUCAUUGGCAGUCACGUGGGGAGGGCCCAUCGGUAUGUGAGGCAGGGAAAGGCAUGUGUAUGUUGAGGUUUUGCCAUGUUCCCGUGUUGCCCAUCAAGGUGCAGUCACCGCCUGCCUGUGGGAACUAACCCACUCAGUCACAAUCCCAUGGGCCAUUCCCAGGUCUCAGUAUAUAUGGGCAGGGUGUCCCAUCAGGUCUUGUGCCCCUGGAGCUGCCUCCUGGCAGCUGUAUUUGGCACAAAGAGCGUGGAGUUCUUUCUGGAGCCUAGAGGGGAGGGCUGCUGUGGUCCAGGCUGGGGCUGCAGCCUGAGAGGUGUGGUGGAGGUUGGGGGAAGAUGUUCUGUGUGGAGGAGGAAGGAGCAGAGCCCAGGACGUGUGGAGGGUCAGAGGCUUGAUGGGAGGGGAGGGGCCAGUCAGACACCAGGAAAGCCUGGUGGACAUGCCCCCAUGUCCAGGCUGUGUGGGAGUACCUAUCAGCUACAGCAUGAAAGUGGCCUAGUGACCUUGCUCUUGCUUCCCAGAGCUCGGAGCUUCUGUGGUCUUGCCUGUCCUUUUUGGACUUCUUCUUCCUAGAGAGCUGCACAAGGGCUCUUCCUGUGCUGGGCCUCAGCAUGGGACUGGGUGCUGGUCCUGAGGCCCCACCUGUUGUGAACUGCCAAGAUUCAAGUCCCAGCUGCUGGCCAGCAGCUACCACAUAGGAAAAGCAGAAGUGAUGCCCAGGGCUCCAUCUCCUGGUUCUCUCUGGCUGCCUCUGCCUACCCAGUAAGACCCCCAGCAAGCUGCACAACCCCCUGAGAUGUGUGAGCCCAGCAGGAGGAGGGGGAGGACGGGCAGCUCGAGGGCUGUGACAUGGUUCUGUCUGCUGUUCUAAGUGACAAGGAAGCUGUAGGCCCAGCCAGGGAAUAUGACCCUGACGUCACGAAAGGCCCAGGUGUUAGAUAAAAGCUGUUGAUGCCAUAACCAUGGUAGGUAAUCCAUAUUGGAUAUCGAUAAGGACCAUGGAGAAUAUUUAAAGAGAGAAAGAGAAAAUAUAUAUAUAUAUAUAAAAUUAUAUACACAUUUUAUCAUACAGAUUUUUCGUAGGAAUUUUCCUUUUCCAGUUUGAUACUGUAAAUGUUUAUUAGCGCAGAGCUACGUUGGACAGGUGGGAAUGGGAGCGGGUCACCCUCCCUCCUGGCUUCCUGCCGUUUAUGGUUCUGAGGAGGAAGGCCCAGGCUGCCUGCUGCCUCCUCCUGUCCUCUGCUGGUUGCACUGGGCCAACUGGGGCUAGGAAGGAGGCCCGGCCCCACCCCGGUAGGUGUCCUUGGAGCUGAGUCCUCCCAGCACAGGCCACAGUGGGUGGCAGGUUCCCUCCAGUCUUGAGGUUCUUGAUGUCCCUGUCCUGGAUGUGGGCAGGUAGGCAACUAUCAGCCAUGGGCUAGAAGGGGGACACCCCACCCUCGGUUGCCAGGUAGGGAUGUUGCUACUUACGGUGGGGGGAGCCUCUGCCCAGCCCUGCCUGCUGAGAACAGGGCCAGGAAGGAUGGUGCAUUCUGCUUUUCUUUUCCAGCCAUUGAGAUUUCAUUGUUGUGAUUUAAUAUAUGGAUCUUUUUUUUUUAAUUUAAGAAAGAAGACAAGGAUCUCUUUGUCCUAUGGGUUUGUUUUUUGUCUCUGUGCCUCAGACUUUCCAAAGAAGGCAGGUCUUUGCUUUUUCCAAAGGCAGUAGGGACCUCCAUUCAUCACUUCUUCACACCAGUUUAUCCUGCCUCUGUGGUUCUCAGCAGUUUCAUUUCAAUAUUUAUUUUUGUGCUGCCUUUAUGUGAUAUAAAUUAUUGAGGAGCGAUCACAUGUGUGGACCCUCACCUGGCACAGGCCCUCACUUGCAGUCCUACCCUGUCCCUGUACCAUGGCUGCCACCUAAUCUACUGCUGUAUAUCUUGCUGCUGUGACUGCUUUUGUAUCUUUGCAAUAAAGAAUUUUCUGGUUUCAGAUCCU